AUGAUUUCUAACACUCUUUCACUCCUUUUAUUGAGCACUAUUGCUAAAUCUGCUCCUAUCGCUGAUGUUGAAAUCCCAUCUACUUCUGAUAUUCAUCAUGAACAUAUUCCAUCUCACCAAGAAAAACGUGGUGGUACUUGUUCUUUCCCAAACUACGAAGGUAUGGUCGCUGUCCAAACUAGUGGUAAAAAUGCUGGUUGGGCCAUGCAUGAUGAUCAAGAAUGUACUUAUGGUUCUUGGUGUCCAUAUGCCUGUAAACCAGGUCAACUAAUGGGUCAAUGGGAUCCAUCAGUCACUACAUAUUCUUACCCAGGUUCUCAAAAUGGUGGUUUGUACUGUGACUCUGAAGGUAAUUUACAAACUCCAAACAGUGGUAAAAGUUAUUGUUACGAUGGUACUGGUACAUUCAUCGCCAAGAACCAAGUUGGUGAAGAUGUUGCAUUCUGUCAAACUGUCUUACCAGGUAAUGAAGAAAUGUUAAUUCCAACAUUAGUUGGUUCCGGUUCUAGUGAAACACUUGCCGUCCCAGAUACUAGUUACUGGGCUGGCACUGCAUCUCAUUUCUAUAUUAACCCACCUGGUGUCAGUGUUGAUGAUGGUUGUAAAUGGGGUAGUACCGCUGAACCAUGGGGUAACUGGGCUCCAUAUGUCGCUGGUGCCAACAUGGAUGACAGUAAAAACACAUAUGUUAAGAUUGGUUGGAAUCCAAUCUAUCUGGAAGAUACCAGUCCAUUCAAGAACACUAAACCAAGUUUCGGUGUUAGAAUAACAUGUGAUGAUCCAUCCCAAUGUGUUGGUUUGCCAUGUUCCAUCGAUCCAUCUAGUCAAGGUAUCAAUGAAGUUAACAGUUCCGAAAGCUCGUCAGGUGCUGGUGGUGCUGAUUUCUGUGUCGUUACCGCUCAAAAUGGUGCCAAGGCAAACAUUGAAGUAUUUUCAGUUUAA